AUGGAACAACAGGGAGCCAAUAUACCGCCCUAUAAAACUUACGGCGACAAAUACACCGACCAAGUGGUGCUUGUGACGGGGUCAGCACAUGGCAUAGGACACGCCACAGCGACUCUCUUUGCCAACCAGGGAGCGAACGUGGUCCUUGUAGACCUUGACGAGGAACAGCUCAAAAAGGUCGAGGCAGCCUUCACAUCUGAAGGCAGGAACGUGACCCAUAGAGUCGCGAAUCUGGCUUCAGAAGAACAAGUCAGUUUAAUGAUCGAUGAAGUGGUCUCCUCCCUUGGCAGAAUCGACGUCCUCGUGCACAUUGCUGGCAUUUACCCGUUCUGUCCUCUCCACGAGCAAUCGACUCAGGAGUACAAGAAAGUGAUGUCAGUCAACAUGGACAGCUCCUUCUAUUUGACCCGGGCGGUGCUCCCACACAUGCAGAAAGCAGGGUAUGGGCGAAUCAUCAACACAGCAUCUGGAACGGCUUCUCACCCGGAGCCUGGCCUAGCCGUCUACGCGGCUUCCAAGAGCGCCGUAGUCGCCUUCACACGGGCCACCGCUGCGGAGGCUGGUCCGGGGGUAACGGCAAAUGUCGUAUCUCCAGGCCUCGUCGUGACAGAGACAACCUGGAGCUCCCCUCACGCAAAACCAAUUUUCGAAAAGGCAAUGGAGAAGCAAUGCGUCAAGCGAUACGGGCAGGCAAAAGAUAUUGCCCAUAUGAUCAACUUCAUCGCAAGCCCUGAGGCAGAAUUUGUCACCGGCCAGGUCUUCCAUGUCAGCGGAGGCAUGAUUUUCGACUGA